AAAUAAUAUUAGAUUGGCAAAGUUGUUACAAUUAUAAAUAAAGCUUCCCCGUCGACGACAACCCCCCUCCUUGAAAAUCCAUAGAGAAAGGGAGAGUUCGAGAUUCGGCAUUUAAAAAUCUGCAAUUUGGGGAUCUCUCUCGUUCUCUAGGGUUUCAAUUUCCGGAAUUCCCAAAUCAAUUUUGACGAGUAUCUCAUCAUUAUUGAGUGAUUGAUUCAGCGUAUCUUUCCCUCAUUUGUCUGGAAGGGCCUAAUUUAAAGCUCGAAGGGGUUCCGAUCUGGUGGUAUACCUAUCCGACAAAUUUGUCGAAUUCGUGUGAAGGGUUUUCUUCAGGGGAAUAAGUUAACUAAUCGAAAUGGUGUUUUGGGUGUUCGGAUACGGUUCUUUGGUGUGGAACCCUGGGUUCGAUUAUGAUGAGAAAGUGAUAGGUUUUAUCAAGAAUUAUCGCCGAGUUUUUGAUCUGGCUUGCAUUGACCACAGAGGUACUCCGGAGCAACCCGCUAGAACUUGCACUUUGGAAGAAGCUGAAGGGGCUAUUUGCUGGGGAGCUGCAUAUUGCGUUUGGGGAGGGCCAGAAAAGGAAAAGGCAGCAAUGGAGUAUUUACGAAAAAGAGAAUGUGAAUAUGAUUUGGAGACUUUGGUUGACUUUUACAAGGAAGGAGGAGAUAGUGACCUGCCGGCCUUGACUGGAGUGAUAGUGUUUACAUCCACCCCUGAUCCAAUCAAUAACAAGUACUAUUUAGGCCCUGCUCCUUUGGAAGACAUGGCUAGGCAAAUCGCAACAGCCUUUGGUCCGUGUGGUAAUAACAGAGACUAUCUGUUUUUGCUAGAAAAAGCAAUGUUUGAUCUUGGUCAUGAGGAAGAUUAUAUUAUAGAACUUGCUAAUGAAGUAAGAAAAGUAGUGUUAAACCUUGGCUUGGCAAUGACAAAGGAUAAGAGGCUGCUUGGAUCAUCCCAUCUUCGGCCGAAGUUCUCUCCAGUCAAGAAUGUGAGGUUAUUGCCAGAAGCAGUUGCUGCUGAUUCUUAAUUUGCGGGCUACAUUACCAAAGGCUAUCUUUCUGCGGAACCCUCCCUAAAUGACCACACUUUUUUGGGAAGAGCUGGAUAUUUUACUUAGAUUUGGUUUAUUUUUUAAACCUGACUUAGUUCAGUAACUCUAGUAUGUGGUAAGCUCCACAUGAGCUUGUUAGGAUAAGAAGAGAGCUGAAUAACUUACUUCGUACUUGCCACUGAAUAGAAUGAAUAUCAACACAACAGAAUGAAUAUCAACUCUGCUUCUUUUUGUUUGAAUACCAACACUGUUGAACAGAAUGAAUGCUGUCUUGAUGGACUCAAUCACUGCUUUGUUUGUCAACCUUCUUCAUUUGUAUUUCAAUGGCCACAAUAUGGAUAAUCUGGAUUUGUAUGUGAUGUCACAUAUUGUACUUGAUUUCAAAAGCUGAGAUAAAAAGAUUCAUAAGGAUAUGGUUGAU